CGUACUAUCCAUAUUUUUUUGAUAUUUUAUAAUAAAUUAGUAAAAGUCACAUUAUAUCAAAUAAUUCAAUCUUCGAAUAAUUUGACUAAAAGCACAUUUACUAAUCGUCGUCUUUCCACAGAGUUCUCGUCGAGCAAAACGGAUAACGGCAACGAGACCUGGAAGGAGAAAACUCGCGGAUUGAACACGGGCGCAUCGCCGGCCACGACAUCGAUGGACGUGUCGUCGUCCCCGAACUCGUCGUCGUCCUCGUCGCCGUCGAACGCACGAGCGAACACGUCGUCGUCGACGUCGACGACAAACGCGGCGCCGACGACGACGAACGCGGGCGCGACGACGACGACGACGAGCGCAGGCGGCACAUUGACCCGCAGCUCCUCGGGAUCGCCGGCCUCCCGGAACGCCGGUGGCGGCGCGAACACCACGUCCAACGCCGGCGCAAUGUCGGCGCCGAGCGGCCGUCAGGCCCCGAAGCGACGUAUGCGACGUCGCGCCACGUCGCAGUCCCAGGAUCCAGCCGAGCAGCUGACGGAGAUGUCGGUGCGCGGCUUAAAUCUCUUCCGUUACGCUUCCAUCAGCGAGGGUGUCUAUCAGUGCACCGAGUGUGCCAAGCUCGACAUCCAGAAGACGUUUAAGAACAAGUACAGCUUCCAGCGGCACGCCUUCCUCUACCACGAGGGCCAUCAGCGCAAGGUGUUCCCCUGUCCGGUAUGCGCCAAGGAGUUCUCGCGGCCCGACAAGAUGAAAAACCACAUGAAGACCGUGCAUGACUGCUUCAUGCCCAAGGACUGCGUCAUGCCCUUCAGUUUCUUUCUGCCUGGUGGGCCUUAGCGGGCGGGGCGAGGGCGAGGUGGGCUGCCGAUCGGCCCGGCGGCGGUUCAGAGGCACGCGAGGAGGAUCGGUGCCACCGCGGCACCCAGGACCACGGCCGCGGCGGCCAGGACGACGACCUUCAGGCGCGGCAGUCGUUCCUGAACGGCGUUCGGUAACGGCGGGUGAAUAGAGUCAAUUUCCAAGGACUGCGAAAUCUAAAAGCAGAUACAACGUGCGGCACAAUUAGUUGGAAAAAAUUUAACUUUUAUUUUUUGUCAAUAUAGAGAAAAAAAUUGAUCUUAUACUAAUUAUAAAUAUGAUUAUAUAUAAUUAUACGGAAUAUUUUUGAUGUUCGGUCAAGACCAUAGAUUCCUCUACUUGCCUCAUGCCUGCGUGCAUGUGUCGAGUUUACUUCAAUAAGCAAAAUAAUUAAAUAUAAUCAUUUAUUCUUUAUAUCAAAGUUUAUUAACACAUUUUAAGCAGUGUUCUCUUGGUUUCGAAGCUGUACACAAGUAUUUAUGCACCUCAUUUGUGGGUGCUUGAUUUGAGAAAUUAUUCAACUUGCAAUAACUCGGUUAAUAUUAAAAAUACUGUAAAGGACUUCGAUUGAGUUUCUUAUGUAGAAUAUGCGAUUUUUUUAUGACAUACAUCAAUCAAACAUUCUGUAUAUAAUUAUACAUGUAUAUACAUAUGUAUGUGUAUACACUUAUA